GCCAAUGGCAGGACGUCUUUCUCUCGCACACAAACUAUCCUUUCAAAAUAAGAGCCUCAGUGGACGUUCUCCAACCAGUUUACACAGAUCGAACAGGACUCUGGCUCUUACUUUGACACGCCUUCGUUGUGCGUCGCAGUCUGCGGACGCCUGCAGCCUCACAGCCAUGGCGGCCCCGAGCAGGAAGCAGGUGUUGAGGCUCCUGGGCCAAUUGGGGGCGUUCAUCUUGACCCGCUUUGGGUUUUGGAACUGCUUCUGUAUGCUGAUGCUGUUCGCGGAACGCGCCGGCUCCAAAAGGAAGCCGGACAUCCCCAUCCCCUACCUGUACGUGGACAUGGCGGUGGCGGUGCUGUGCGCCAGCUUCAUGUCAUUCGGCGUGAAGAGGAGGUGGUUUGCGAUGGCCGCCGCCGUCGAGGUGGUCGUCAGCACGUAUGCGUCCUUCGUGGGCGAGCAGGUGCACUACGGCGAGUGGCUGAAGGUGCGCAUGUAUUCCAAAGCACUCGCCAUCACUGGGAGCUUCCUGGUUUUGGCCAGCGGAGCGGGCGAGGUGUACCGGCAGAAGGCACGCAACAGGUCCCUGCAGUCCACAGGACAGAUCUUCCUGGGGAUCUACCUCAUCUGCAUGGUGUACUCGCUGCAACACAGCAAGGAGGACAGGCAGGUCUACCUGAACCACAUCUUCGGGGGCGAGGUGGCGCUGAUGCUGCUGGAGGCCAUGUUCGGCGCUCUGGCGCUGGCCUUCCUGUCGGGCUGGUACGUGAGGCCGGCGGCGCAGGUCCUGGCCACCGCCCUGCCGCUCAUCAUCCUGCUCACGGACGGCAACCUGGGCUACUGGCACCACACGCGCAAAGUGGAGUUCUGGAACCAGCUGAAGCUCAUCGGCCACAACGUGGGCGUCUUCGGCGCCGUGCUGAUCCUGGCCACAGACGGCUGACGCGGCGGAGACAUGACGGCAGGGCAACGCCCAUCUACACAUCGGCUUCAGGCGCCAAGUAAUCUUGAGAAAGGAAACGAUCGCCUGUUUGGCAUCGCAACACGACGCUUGGAUGCUUUUCGAAUGGCGUUGACACGCUUUUGAUGUAAAUAUCUCCUUUUCUACCUUAUUUUAUGGCAUUAAAUUGCAUUUCCAUUGACUGAA